AUUGAUCAUUACGGUUGCCACCAUUUUGCUUUUUUUGGAGGUCGUAGGAGCCAAAGCAGCGCGUUUGGUCGGCAUCGUGCCCCGAUUUCACGGCGAUGUCACUUCUUUUCGGCAAAGUACGGCAACUCGCGAGGCUCGGCGGCGCCUACAGCCACCGAGCCCCGUCCCUGACGCAGAGCUUCGCCCGCCGUGAAAGCACCCAAGCGACCCCGACGGCCGAGGAAACUCGACCGGCGGUACGCAAACCUCAAGUCGUCCAGCGCCAGAAGCUCGAAGACUUCGGUCGCUACGUGGCGGAAUGCCUCCCGAAAUACGUGCAGAAGGUCCAGAUCACCCAAGGCGACGAGCUGGAAGUCAUGAUCGCUCCGGAGGGCGUCGUUCCGGUCCUCAGCUUCCUCAAGGACCACCACAACGCCCAGUACGCCAACAUCGUGGACAUUGCGGGCGUAGACGUGCCGACCAGGCAGUACCGUUUUGAAGUCGUCUACAACCUCCUGUCCUUGCACUUUAACUCUAGGAUCAGGGUGAAGACGUACACGGACGAAUUGACGGCGCUGGACUCCGCGACGCCCGUCUACAAGGGAGCCAACUGGUACGAGCGUGAGGUGUGGGACAUGUUCGGCGUGUUCUUCGGCAAUCAUCCCGACCUGAGGAGGAUCCUGACCGACUACGGCUUCGAGGGCCACCCGUUCCGCAAGGACUUCCCGCUCAGCGGUUACGUGGAAGUGCGCUACGACGAUGAAGUCAAGCGGGUCGUGGUCGAGCCCCUAGAGUUGACCCAGGAGUACCGAAAGUUUGACCUGGCUACGCCGUGGGAGACCUUCCCUAAGUUUAGGUCCGGUGGUGCGGCCGAGGAAGUGGCGCUGCCCAGCGGGCAGGAGACGCCGAAACCCGAGAAAUAAGGCGUUAGUGAACCAGUGAAGGUCCCAUCCUCCCUAGAUGUUGAUUAGCACCAAAAUAAAAAGCUGGCCGUACAGGUAGGCUUCUUACCUGUUAGGUCCGUGCGAUAUA